CGGCCCCGCCUCCGCGGAGCGGCGCGGCCAGAACGCGGAGCGGUGCGGAGCCCGAGGAACCGCGGAGAUGCUGAGCUCGCCCUGGGCGCGGUUCUACUCCAACAGCUGCUGCCUCUGCUGCCAUGUCCGCACCGGCACCAUCAUCCUCGGCGUCUGGUACCUGAUUAUCAAUUCGGUGGUCUUGCUGAUUCUGCUGAGUGCCCUGACUGAUCCUGACCAGUACCAUCUAACCAGUGCUGAGUUAGGGGGUGAAUUUGAAUUUAUGGAUGAUGCCAAUAUGUGCAUUGCCACUGCAAUUUCUCUUCUUAUGAUUCUCAUCUGUGCAAUGGCUACGUAUGGCGCCUAUAAGCAACAUGCAGCUUGGAUCAUCCCUUUCUUCUGUUAUCAGAUCUUUGACUUUGCUCUCAACACUUUGGUUGCCAUCAGUGUACUCAUCUAUCCCAGCACAAUUCAGGACUACCUCCAUCAACUGCCCAACAAUUUUCCCUACAAGGAAGAGAUUAUGUCUGUGAACCCUACGUGUCUGGUUGUGAUUAUCCUCCUUUUCAUAAGUAUCAUUUUGGCUUUUAAGGGUUACUUGAUAAGCUGUGUGUGGAACUGUUACCGAUACAUUAAUGGCAGAAACAACUCAGAUGUGUUGGUGUACAUUACCACCAACGACACUGCGGUGCUGUUGCCACCAUAUGAUGAUCCUGUGAAUGGAGCUGCUAAAGAUCCACCACCACCUUAUGUGUCAGCAUAAGUGAGAGAGUGCUGUGUCCCUAGGGAGUAUAGCUUUACUUUUCAGACAUUUGAGCAAUAGUUUGAUAAUUUCACUUCCAGGAUAUAACCUCUGUGGGUUAUACAUUGCUGUUUUGCUGACAUAUUGAAACCUAAAUUUGAUUAUUGAAACCUAAAUAAUGAUCAUUAUUCUGUAGAUAGUUUUAAUAACUUGCUGCAACUACAGUAGUGUGAACGGGUUUCAGAACAAUUCUGGGUAGCGCUAAGGUUACAGUAGUCACUGAAUAGCUUUUUCCACCCUGUCUGACAUGCAGUGCUAGAGAACAUAGAACUUUGCAUUCUCAGUCAGAUUCAGAGUGUAACUUUAUUUUUUUUAUUUGAAAAACUUCCAAAGCAUUACGAAUUUAUUUCUCAGAUGCCCACUUUCACCUUCAGAAUACAGACCAAGUCCAAAAAAGCGACAUUCCAGUUCAUUCCUUUUACAAGAAUUUAUGAAGUUAUGAAGGAUGAUGAUUGCAAGAAGGAUGAGUCUUAAUCACUAAUCUCAUCAACCUGGCUAAUGGGAAACAAAUUUAAUUGGGAAGGAUAAGUAUGGGAAAUGGGAGUAGAGACAGUGCUCUGUGAUGUGUAACAAGCCAGAACCUGUGGUCUACAUGGGCUCACUUUGUACCAGCCUGUAACCAUUCUAAUUUUCAAAAAAAAAAAAAGUUCUUAGCAAAUUCUAAUAACUUUCUUUUCCUGCCUACACACCUUUUUCCUCCCCACUAACUUCACAAAGAGCACUUUGAGGUCUCAAAAUCCCUACUUUUAAAAUCACAUGGUUAGUUGUCAAAGCUGUGUCCUUCUCACUUAAUAUGCAAAUGUUUUCCCAUUGGAAUGUGCCUGUAAAUAUUGCAAUGUUCUGCUGAGUGUAAAUUAAAUUAUGCAGAUUCUAAGAUAAAUGUUCCUAACAUGUGGGGACUUAUGCAUGUAACUUCCUGGAGCAUUAGCAAAUAUGUUUUACAUGUUUAUCAUAUAUAUCAGUGUGCGGAUUUUAGAUUUCUUUUAUGACUGAAGUGGUUUGUGCUGAGAAUCUUUGUCAUGGGACUCAUCCAUCCACGAGUGCUUUUGUGAGGUAUUUAUUUCUUCUCCAGAGAAGUGCCUCCUGCACAUGUAGCUUUUAGUUGCUGAUGAAGGUUCUACUUUUAACUGAAAAGGAAAAGGGAGUAUAAUGUGUGUCUCUACCUCUCAUUGUCUCCCACUGUGUUGUCUUCUCUGCAUUUGGGGUGAUUGAACAGGCUGAAGUUAAAAUGAUGCCAUUGCACAGCGCCCCAGCUAAAGGGCAGUGCAGAGCUGAGCCACAGUUUGGAGGAGCACCAGAAGAUAUCAAGGUGCCAUUUCUCCUGUGGCUGGGCUGGCAUGUGAGUCUACAGCCUUCCUAAGGAGGACACCCAUUCUCACCCUCAGUGCAUUGACUCCAUUCUGCAGACUAAAGAAAUACAGAACUUUUCCUGCCUUUUUCUGGAAAAGAAUUUUCCAGUGGAACACAGGACCAACAACUUCUUUUCACAGAGAUUGCAACUGUGACCUGUUCUUGCACAACCAGGGAAGGAAAGGACAGACUCUUUCUGCCUGUCUCUUCCACACCCCUGGGAAAAGGCAGGUCCCCAUCUCCUUGGAAUUUUAGUUCAGGGUUCAUCUACUCUGAGAUCAAACUAAGUAAUGCAUUUGAAUGAACCAGUCCUCCAUUUGAAUGAAGUGCAUCCAUUGAUCUUUAUCACAGUCCUAUUUUUUCCUUCUGAAUAAUUCCAUGUACUCUUAUUACAGAUAUCUUUGGGAAUUAAUCUGAAUUGGGGGUUGGGCUGGCUGGCUGGGCUUCUGAGCUUCAUUUUCUUUCAUUCUUGAUAGAUUUUUGAAGGAUUUCAAACAGUCAUCUGUUCGAAAAGAGCUGGUUGUAAAUAUAUCGCAUCUGUGUGUACAAACUUCUCUACAAUAAAAGGGUGUUUCCUCAA